ACUGGAGAAAUGCUGUUUGCCGGAACACUGAACAGUGUUUACGUUAAACUGGUCGGCACAAAGGGAGAGAGUGAACGCAUGUACAUCCCUAAAACCGCCAGCCAAGGAUCGGUGAUUGAGCACGAUGUGUCCUGUCCUUCCUCCCUGGGCAAUCUGGAGUUUGUGGUGCUGGACACAGAGCCGUAUGCCUUGCUCGCCUACAUCAACGAUGUCUGGUUCUGUUCUAAAGUUGUGGUGACCACACCAGAGACCAACACGGCCAACUUCCCCUGUUACCGCUGGAUCUCAGGCUAUGAGCGUCUGGUGUUCAGAGAGGCCACUGGUAAGCUAAUAUUCAACGAGACCUGCCCAGAGGCCAUAGAGGAGAGAAAGAAGGAGCUGCAGAGUCGCCAUGAGGUGUACCGCUGGAGUAAAUAUGCAGAGGGUCUACCCCAAAUAAUGAAAGUUGCCAGCGCUUCUGAUCUCCCUGCUGAGGUCCGCUUCUCUUUCACCAAGGACUUGGAGUUCAGCUUCACAUUAGCCAAAGCAUGGGUGAAGCUGAAACUAGCAGAACUGUCCACCAACAAGGAACAAUGGAAGAGCCUAGAUGAGCUCAGUCACGUCUUCAAUAGCCACAAGACUGAUGUUUAUGACUAUGUCGAAAAGAACUGGAAGGAGGAUGAGUUUUUUGGGUACCAGCUUCUGAACGGCAUCAACCCCAUGAUGAUCCAUCGCUGCUCCAAGCUUCCAGAGAACUUCCCCGUCACAGAAGACAUGGUGAAGGCUUCCCUUUUUGGAAAAAGCCUUGAAGCGGAAAUUCAGAAAGGCAACGUCUUUCUGGUUGACUACAAGCGCCUGCAUGGAGUGACUGCAAACGUGAUCAACGGGAAACAGCACUUCUUGGCUGCUCCUCUCUGCUUGCUCUACAUGACUCCAGAAGAUAAGCUCAUGCCCAUCGCAAUCCAGCUGAAGCAGGAUCCUGGAAAAGACAACCCCAUCUUUCUUCCUACUGACUCUAAGUAUGACUGGCUCCUGGCCAAGAUCUUUGUGAGGAGCGCUGACUUCGCUGAACAUGAGCUGAACUUUCACUUGCUGAGGACUCACCUGCUGGCUGAGGUGUUUGCCAUGUCGACACUGCGCAACCUACCAAUGGUGCAUCCCAUCUACAAGCUCCUGAUCUCUCACUUCCGCUACACUCUGCAGAUCAACACUCUGGCUAGAAAGGCCCUCAUAUCAGAGAAUGGGGUGAUCACAAAGAAUGCCAGUGUAGGAGGUCCAGGGAUGUUGGAGUUCCUGAAGAAAGCGGUGGCCUCAUUGACCUACAGCUCCCUCUGUAUGCCAGAGGACAUCACUGCACGCGGUCUGGAGUCAAUCCCCAACUUCCUCUACAGGGAUGAUGGACUCAGGCUGUGGGACAUCGUCCACAGGUUUGUUCAGAAAAUGAUUGGUCACUACUACACCUGUGACUCAGACGUCCAGAAGGACUCUGAACUGCAGAACUGGAUCAAGGAAAUCUUCUUCCAUGGGUUCCUGGCCAAAACCAGCACAGGAAUCCCUCAGUCUUUCAGUUCAGUGACAGAGCUGAUCAAGUUUCUCACCAUGGUGAUCUUCACAGUGUCUGUCCAACAUGCUGCAGUCAACAAUGGACAGUUUGAUUUUGGUGGAUGGAUGCCCAACUUCCCCAUCGCUCUGCAACAACCACCUCCCACCACUAAGAGGCAGUGUACUGAGAGCACAAUGCUGAAGACCUUCCCUGACGUCAAUACCACCGUCAAUGGCAUGGCAGCGGUGUACCUUCUGAGCAUGCAGUCCACUGACUUUGUCGCUCUUGGAAAUGGCUAUCAGGAUCACUUCAGUGAGAAGACCCCUCUGGAACUGAUUCACAAAACUCAAGAUAUGCUGAAGAAAUACAACUUUGAAAUUCAAGGCAGAAAUGUCUCUUUGCCCUUGCCAUACACCUACCUGAAUCCCAACAAUGUGGAGAACAGUGUGGCCCUGUAAAAUGAGUCGGGAUCCUAUUUAUUAGGCACCAAAUGGAGAAAAAAAACCUCACUGAUACAGGGAGACUACCUUGUUUUCUGUUGAAACCUGUUUUAAAACAUUUAUCUGAUGGUGUGCCCUAAUCAUUACGACCCAGGCACUUUACUCUAUUGUGGUUCAGUACACUUUUUAUUUUUAAUAGCCACAUGCAGCCAAGAUGAGAAGUUAAAUGUUUAUAUUUCUUUGUUGUGAAUGCCACUAGCUGAUCCUUUUGAUCAAAGUCUUUAGUUGGAUUCUUCACCCUUGUAUAACUGAAUGUUUGUGCCUCGGGCCCCUUCCUGUUAUUGGCAAAACCUAACAUUGCAUGCAAAACAGGAAUCUACUGUAUUUGCUUCACCUGGACUCAGUAUGUGGCCUGCCAUUUUCCAGCUAACCAGCAGGAGGUGUGGUGUAUGGUUCACAUAGAGACAGGUGACCUUAAGGAUAACUUAUUUCAGAUUCCUGCCUCCUAAAAGGGGAGUGUUGAGAGUAAAUUACCAAAUGGCCAACACUUAGACAUCACUUCCCAUAGUGCCUUGCUGCUGAGAGGAAACUGCAUGUGACGUUCCUGAUUUAUUAGCAGUGUAGCUUGAACCCACUCAAUUGUGUGAGAGCCAAAAGGAAACUACUGUCCAUACAGCUAAGAUAGAGAUUAUAACUUUAACUCUGUUUAAUGGCUGAUCAAGAGCUUUUUGAUUUCAUGCAAUAAAGUCUUAGUUAAUCUUCA